AUGUCCGCUACUGCCAACCGCCCCAAGCCAAGGGCAAGAAUCGCCCUCUCCUUCGACUUCGACGCCCUAUCCGCCUUCCUAGGCACAAGCGACCACCCAGACAACACCCUCUCCGACUACAGCACGGGCGUAUUCUCCGGGCUCGUCGGCGCCCGCCGCCUCCUGCACGUCCUGAAGAAAUACAACAUCGCCGACAAAGUCACCUGGUUCAUCCCAGGGCACACAAUGGAAACCUUCCCAGAAACCGUAUCGGAAAUCGUCUCCUCAGGCGCCGAGAUCGGAUUACACGGGUACGCACACGAAGGCGCGACGCAGCUCACACCAGCCCAAGAACGCGACGUGCUCGUCAAAUGCAUGGCCGUGUCGCAGAAUCUAACAGGCAAGAAAGUCGCCGGGUAUCGCGCCCCGAUGUACCAGAUCCGGGAAUCGACCGUCUCGCUGCUCCGCGAGUUCGGGUUCCUGUACGACUCGUCGCUGAGCCACCACGACUCCCAGCCGUAUUUCACCCCGGCGGAUGCGGCGCCUGAGCGGAUUGAUUUCGCCCAGCCGGCGAGUUCGUGGUUGCGGCCUUCGGCUGUUACGACGGAUCUGCAUGUUGCGCCGGCGGCGGGGGUUCAUCCGCUUGUUGAGAUCCCGACGGGGUGGAAUAACGAGGAUAUGAUGGCUAUGCAGUAUUUUCCGCACCUGGUGAAUACGCAGGGGCAGGUAGAUGCGCGGGUUGUGGAGCAGCGGUGGAAAGAUAUGUUUUUGUGGCUGUGGGAGAAUGCAGAGGUUGAUUGCGAGGAUGGCACUUUUAUCUUUCCGAUCUUAAUGCAUCCGGAUACCAGUGGGCUGCUGCAUGUUAUUGGGAUGGUGGAGCGGUUUGUGAAGUGGCUGUGUGACUGGGGGGAUAAGGUCGAGUUUUGUACCUUUGAACGUAUUGCACGAGAUUAUCUGGAUGAACGGUCUGCCUAG